GGCGCGCUCUAAUCUCCGCCACUCCCCGGCAGCCGCCCGCCUCCUAUCCACAAUCCACUGCUUCACUCUGCUCCAGCUCAAGCUCCUCAUGGGUCUCUCAACAGCUUACUCGCCGGCCGGAUCGCGCCUCUCGCCGACCCCUCUCGGCGCUCACGCCGCGCGCCGCCGCUCCGUGCACCUCCUCCUGCGCCCGCGCCGGCCCGGGCUCGCCAUCGUCCGCUGCUCCGUCGACGCCGCCAAGCAGGUGCAGGACGGGCCCGCUGUGGUUGCGCCAAAAUCGGAGGCGGAGGUGGGGCGCAAAGAGUGCUUCGGGGUGUUCUGCACCACCUACGACCUCAAGGCGGAUGAUACGACAAAGUCAUGGAAGAAGUUAGUGAAUAUUGCCGUGUCAGGUGCGGCUGGGAUGAUAUCAAAUCAUCUGCUUUUCAAACUUGCCUCUGGUGAGGUUUUUGGACAAGACCAGCCAAUUGCACUUAAGUUACUCGGCUCAGAAAGAUCAUUACAAGCACUGGAAGGCGUAGCUAUGGAACUGGAGGAUUCACUGUAUCCAUUGCUAAGGGAAGUCAGCAUUGGUAUAGAUCCUUAUGAGGUCUUUGAAGAUGUAGAUUGGGCCCUUCUUAUUGGUGCUAAGCCCCGAGGCCCUGGAAUGGAGCGAGCUGCGUUACUAGAUAUCAACGGUCAAAUCUUUGCUGAUCAGGGGAAAGCUCUUAACGCUGUGGCAUCUCGGAACGUGAAAGUCAUAGUUGUUGGAAAUCCCUGUAACACUAAUGCACUGAUUUGCUUGAAGAAUGCUCCAAACCUACCAGCAAAAAAUUUCCAUGCAUUAACGAGGCUGGACGAAAAUAGAGCCAAGUGUCAGCUAGCACUAAAAGCAGGUGUUUUUUAUGACAAAGUAUCAAACAUGACGAUUUGGGGGAACCAUUCGACAACUCAGGUUCCUGAUUUCUUGAAUGCGAAAAUUGAUGGGAGACCGGUGAAAGAAGUCGUUAAGGAUACGAAGUGGUUAGAAGAAGAAUUCACCAAAACAGUUCAAAAGCGUGGAGGUGUGCUCAUCCAAAAAUGGGGCAGAUCUUCAGCUGCAUCAACCGCUGUUUCGAUAGUCGAUGCUAUAAGGUCCCUUGUAACUCCUACCCCAGAAGGCGAUUGGUUUUCUUCAGGGGUUUAUACGACUGGAAAUCCUUAUGGCAUAGCAGAGGACAUCGUGUUCAGCAUGCCAUGUAGGUCGAAGGGGGAUGGUGACUAUGAACUAGUUGGUGAUGUGGAAAUGGACGAUUUCCUCUGGGGACGGAUUAAGAAGAGUGAAGCUGAAUUGCUUGCUGAGAAGAAAUGUGUUGCCCAUCUCACAGGAGAGGGUAAUGCAUUUUGUGAUCUUCCGGAAGAUACAAUGCUACCAGGAGAGAUGUAGUUUAGUGUUACACCAGCUGUCUUGUGUAUGUUGGUACAGUUUCCCGCGGGAACACAGAUAGUUGAGAGAAGCAGCUGCUUGCAGGUUGCAGCAGUUAUAUAUAUGUAUACUUAAUAAUUGUGCCAUAGAAAUUUGACUAUGAUGCAGACUUUGUACAAUAAUAGUGUGAUGCUGAAUUACUUA